CCCUGGACUCGCAGCACUCAGGAUUGAAUCGUCCUUUCCAGCUGAUUACGUUACCAAGACAACCGACGAAAAGUACAACAGACAAAAGAGCUUGAAGUCGCAAAUUUUUAGUCGACCAUUCCCAACCGAAUCUGGAGUACAAGGACACCAAAAAUCUAUAACUAAGCAUUAGAAAUCCUUAUAAAAUGGCUUACUCCGUCUCCCCGCACCGGGCGAACCUGGUGCUGCAGAUGCUCCUCCAGGCCAAUACCUAUGUGUCCAUGGUCUGGGGCAUGAGCUAUCUGAUCCACCUUCUCAUCCGCCUGAAUCACUUGUGGAAUUUGGAGGGCCUGUCCAUGCUGGUGGCCUACAUCCUAGCCGUAUCCGCUGAGUCCGUACGCCUGUACGCCGGCUACUCUGUGAACCUCUGCUCCGGGGCCACCGCCAUGUGGUUGCUGCUCACAGUGACGCCCUGCAUCCUGCUGCCCGCCAUGGUCUUUCUCCGUCUCACAGCUGCCGGACGCAGUUUGUGGCUUCGCAUCAUCACGAAUGCCGUGUUUGGACUGAUGGCCCUGGAGGUAAUCGUAUCCGUGGUUCACUUUGUGAUAUGCAAGCCAGGCCAAAAGAGGUCGAUGACCCAGACCGCCGAGGAGGAUGAGUAUCUGCCCGAGGAGCAGCCAUCCGCCGUGGGAUCGCCCACGUCCAGUGAGCAAAAGCGACGCGUGCGUCGAUCCCCGGAGUCAAAGUGAGGCGACAAACAGCGGUUGUAUAGUA